CUUKUCUAUCCUCUCUAAAGCAUGUGGCAUWGUCGUUGAAGAAGAAGAUGUUCUUAGUCAAGUGCAAAAGAUUGAGAGAUACAAUAAGAUGAAAGCUUGCAUUAAUGCUGCCGAGAAGGUAUUAGAGUUCCAGCAAAAUAUGGAGCUCGAUAGAGGUGGAUUUGCAGUCGUGGAGGAAUUGCGUCUUCAGAUAAGUCCCGAGUCCAAAACAGGAACCGUUACAGUCGUUGCGAGAUGACCCAGAAAUAGAAGAACGACUAGAAGUAUUAUCUGAUGGGAUAAUAGAUUGUCUAGAUGCUGUCAUGGAAUCGAAGGAAUUUAUCGCAUGGCUAAAAAAAGAGGUUCCUGAACCAAGUGAGGUCAAAGUCUUAGUCGACCUAGCAAUGAUAUCCGCUGGAGAAGGUGACAUGGAAAGUGAUCGCAUUAGAGCAUUGCAUGCAUCAACUGGAGCAUUUAAGCCAAUCAUUUACGACCUUAAGGAAGAUCAUGGCUUUGGCGAAUUGAUGGGACUAUGUGAUGGAAUUCAGAGAGCUCUGGAGGAGAAUCCAAAUCUGCCUGAGCAAUUGCGUGAUACAAGCAGGAACCUUGAAUGGAUCARGAAUGUCAAAGACUUCCACGGCUCUGCUGCCAUGUCGUCUCUUAUGCAAGUCGAAACAAUUCUCGACAAAGGUACUCUUACGAUUGGAUUUAACAGCAAUGAUGAUGAAUUAGACAUCGAGGAUGUCAUAAGUGUGAGAUUCCAAAAUGGGACAACCAAAGGACUGCCAAAAGAGAUUUACACAUUGGAAGAUUUGCGAGACUUGCAGAGCAAACUGAUGCUUAUUGCUGGAAAAGCAUCAGGUAAAAAGGAAGUGGUUGAUAAGUUUAAUGCGGUCUUACAAGGAGCGAUUACGGUAGGAGCAGUGUAUCKUAACCUGUGCGAGGCUGGAGAAGUAAGCCAUCUYGAUUGGAAAGAAGAGUUUCCUUGUGCAAGCAGAACUGGAAGAGACGACGUAACUGAUGUCCUGAAAGAGACGUGCGAUGACUUAACGAAGUGCUUCGAGGCAUGGAUAGCAGUGUUGGACGUGCAAAGAAUGGAAAACAAUGAAUUGAACUACUUUACUGCAAAACAGCUCUUAUAUCUACGAAAAGAGAUCGCAGACUUGAAAAGAGGAAGGGAUUUUGGAUCGCUUGAGGUGCAGAUAUACACUCUUCUUAACAGUGUCCUACCCGGGGCCAACGCUGAUCAACUUCGACAAGCCCUUAUUGCCAUUGACAUYGAUGUKGACGAUCUGGAUCUUGACCAGCCUCCUAAACAAGAGUCAACUGUUAACCAAAUUGAACCCAAUUUAAGAGAGAGGUUUAAGAAAUUCUUCGAAAGUGCUGAGAAAGCUAAUUUCUCAGAAGAAGUUGCUCUUGCAGCGAUAGUCGCCUGUGACUGUCCAGACGAUGUAUCUAAACUACUGGUGUGGUGUAUCAAUAACAGCAAUAAAGACGAUGAAAUUGAUGAAUUGUGUAAMCGAGGGUCAAGAGAUCCAAAGUUCGAAACGCUUUUUCCUCGAGCGCACGGUGAAGAACACAAAGAAGCGRUUGUUGAAAAAAURGAAGUCGAACAAUCUGAAACAGACAAUGACGAUUAUGGACAGAAACUUGACCAAACUUUAGGGGGGCUAUACCUGAGUCUUCAAGAGCUGAGUAUCUUAUUGAGAACCUUAAAGAACAUCUAUCAAGACGAGCAUCAACCAAUGGUCUUCCCUGAAUACCUAAACAAAGGAGCUCCAAACCUUAUAUUUGUGCCUCAGAGUGAUAUUUUUGCUACAAUCAUUGGACUUUAUCGUGAUAGUAAUGCUGCUCCUACGAGGCAUGAAGUGUUAGUUUGCACUCAAGAUACAUCUUCGGAGGAGAUUGAGCUGCUGUGGCGUCGAGCCCUCGCAAACAAACAAAACAGGUUUUACUGUUUGGCAAAUGUGGACAAACUAAAACUUGAUGAAAGUGUGCAAGCUAGGAAAACUUUCGACAAACUUGAGGAAGAAUACGAGCAUAACGAUGAUUAUCGGCUCGUGUUGAUUUGUAGCAAUGAACAAGAAACAAUGUCACACAUGGCCACAGCCUUCGAAAAGCACCGCAAUAAGGGGGCACCGCGAUGCCCACGCCGUGACGAAGUUAUAAGGUAUCUACAACGUUACUUUCAAGCCCCGCCUGUUGCGACAGUUCACUGUGGCAAUCAUGAAAUUAACUGGAUUCCAGCUGCUGAUGUUGAAGCUCAGAUCGCGGAGGAUUCCAGGCUGUCAGUGCUUAUGAUAUCUUCUCAGCGCGCUGGCACAGGAAAGAGCUUGGUAAUCCAAGACUUUGUCGAACUAUUAGAGUACUUGGACAACAAUAGACAGAUGAAAGAUCUCAUGAAAGACUGGGGAGAGCACGUGACCAAUUACAUCAUUGCACCGUUGCUUGGGAAAACUGUGAAUGUUUCCGAGACUGUUGGAUUCCUGCUCCCUUACUCACUAAAAUCUGACAUCCCAGUGUCAAGGAUCUUCCACUUUGAUGUGGCACCAUGUGUGGAGUUUGGUUUGGACACUCUCUUGUUCAAUCUACUUUACCUGGGCUCCAUCCAAGACAAACGUGGUCGUGUAUGGAAUCGAAGCGCACGUGACCUAUACGUCAUUGAGAAGACUUCGCCUUUCUCUAAGCAAAAUGUGGCUAAAGACUGUGAUUCUGUCCAUCAACACUUCUACGAUGAACUACCUUCCAUACAGUGUAUCACUCCAUGCCAAGCAUUACGAAAGUCAGACGUUUCUUUAUUCAAUUAUAAGAAGUUCCAAAGCGAAGCUGUUCAACGAGUGUUCCAGUAUUUACGACUUUUGAAUAUUGGGAGCGAACGUCUUCACGACUUUCAAUUUGACCCAGGAGAUCUAAUCGAUGACGUCGAGGAAUGUCUUUUUCUAUUGACUCAGCAUUGCGGAAUUCGCGACCCAUCAUGGUCUGAGCUGCAGUAUUUUGUUGAUUUUCUCAACUACCAGCUGUCAGACUUAGAGCACAGCGUUUUCUGUCAAAUAGAAAAUACCGGCGAUACUUUGGAAGGGUUUCGCUUAUUUGUCUUAAUAUUCAUGACCGUUAUGUCACAGGAUUUUUCCACACGAUCAUUGGGCGAAGAAGUAGCCACUGCUAACCCAGACGAAACAGAGGACGAAGACAUCGGUCAAUUUCAACUUCGCCGAAAAUGGGAAAGCAGUCCUCACCCGUACUUGUUUUUCAAUCCUGAUCACGCGACAUUUACGUUUCUGGGGUUCCGUAUUGACAGAAAUGGUAACCUUAUCGACCCCGCUAGCGACGAAGUCAUAAUACACAGUCUGAUGCCAAAACAGUUAAGAACAGGGCUCUCUGUACAAGGUGUAAAUUUUGAAGAAAUCUUCGAAGGCUUAGAAAAGGCUGAAAAAAUUGCAAAGAUAUGUCGAGUUUUGGGUGUUGAACGACCUUCAGAUCCAGAUGAAAGCUACGAGUUAACUGAGGACAAUGCCAAGAAAAUGCUUGCCAUCCACAUGCGUUUUAGAUGUGGGAUCCCUGUGGUGAUAAUGGGAGAGACCGGCUGCGGCAAAACUAAACUAAUACGUUACUUGUGUGGUUUGCAACGUGGGUAUGAUGGCCCUAAGAACUUGCUUCUUGUGAAGGUUCAUGGUGGAACCACAUUCCGAGACAUAGAGAAGAAAGUCCAGCAAGCUAAGGACAUGGCAAAAGAAAACAUCAAGCAGGGCAUAGAAACCGUCUUGUUUUUUGAUGAAGUAAACACGACAGAAGCUAUGGACCUCGUAAAAGAAGUCAUGGUUGACCGUAGAUUGAAUGGACGUCCUCUUGGAGAGGAAGAUCAAGGCUUACGCUUUAUUGCCGCCUGUAAUCCAUACAGAAAGCAUACAGAGACAAUGAUCAAGAAACUCGAGUCCGCUGGACUUGGUUAUAACGUUAAAACAGAAGAAAUCAAAGACAGGAUCGGUCGUGUACCUCUUCGCCAUCUUGUUUACCGUGUUCACGCCCUGCCAGAGAGCAUGCGUUUAAUGAUCUGGGACUUUGGUCAACUGAAACCUGAAAUCGAAAUAUUAUACACAAGACAGAUAGUCAGAAGACAUGUAACCCAAGAAGGGAAUGGUAUUCCUGGUGACGAACGUCUGGUUGAUGCUAUAACUGCAGUUCUGGCUGAAUCUCAACGUUAUAUGAGAGAACAAAAGGACGAGUCUAGCUUUGUAAGCCUACGUGAUGUGGAACGCACGAUGAAUGUGUUACUUUGGUUUCAUGAGCAUCGAAAUGUCUUUGAGCCACUUCUAAAGAAAAUGUUGAACCAGGAAGAACAGUUCCAGGCAAAUGCAGCUAGCUCCAUCCAUCCAUCAGACAGCAAAGACAGCAACGAAGGCAAAACAGAGUUGCCGUCUUAUUUCAAGAACGAUACUGAAUCUCAAGUAAAAGAAACUUUGGAGGAGGAAACUUUUAGUGAGGUGGAAAUGGUAAAGCAAUACACAUCAGGACUUUUUCCUGGAAAUCAAGUUGAUGAGGAAGAAGAAUUAAGGUCUGCAUUUUUAAGAUUUCAAGAGUUAUUUCACCAAAAAAAUAUUGAAGAACCAGGUCUAUUCGUUUGUAACCCUCAAGAUGAUGAUGAUGAUGAUAAUGAUGAUGAUGGUGAUGAUGAUGAUGAUGAUAAAAUCAAAGUUGAAGAACUUAAUGAUGAUGGCGACGCUGACCUUGAAUUUGACAUGACGAAGCAAAUUAAUCCCGUUACUUGGUCUCUCAUUCUUGCCAUUGGUGUCUGUUAUCAUGCAAAGCUUCAAGAAAGAGGACAGUACCGCGAACAAGUAGCCAAGGCCUUCGGAAGCCCGUGUACCUUGCACGGUGGACCCGACAGAAUACUGCAAGAAAUAACACGCUGUCAGAAGGCCAUGUUACAAGAGCUUGAUCUUGGUCCCAACAUCGCACGCAACACUGCCCUGUGUGAGAAUGUCUUCAUGAUGGUGGUCUGUAUCGAGCUACGUAUCCCUCUCUUUGUUAUCGGUAAACCUGGAAGUUCAAAAUCCCUGGCAAAGACGGUCGUGGAUGCCAACAUGCAAGGCGCUGGAUCAAAGUCGGAACUUUUUAAGUCUUUUAAAGAGGUACAAAUGYUAGCUCACCAGUGCAGUCCUUUGUCCAAACCCGAAGGGAUCACGGAAACGUUUCGACAGUGUUCAAACCUCCAAAAGGACAAGAACCCAGACAGGUUUGUAUCAGUAGUAGUGUUGGAUGAAGUUGGUCUUGCUGAAGAUUCACCGCUGCUACCACUAAAGACGCUUCAUCCUCUACUUGAGGAUGGUGUGACAUCAUCCGAUGAUAUCAUCGAAACCGACGAGAAACCGACGAGGGUUGCCUUCAUUGGGAUUUCAAACUGGGCCCUAGACCCCGCCAAGAUGAACCGAGGAAUAAUGCUGUCACGUGAUGUMCCAGGACUACAGGAGCUUGAAGACAGUGCUAUGGGUAUAUGUGCAUCAGAGCCAGAUGUUCAAGAGCGAAUGGCUCCCAUAAUAACUGCCCUAGCAAAAGCGUAUCAGGAGGUAUAUGAAACACAGAAAACCCUUAAUGUCUUGAAAGAAUCCAAGAAAGACGAAUUCUUCGGAUUAAGAGAUUUUUACAGUCUUAUCAAGAUGAUAUUCAGCAAGGCCAAAGACACUCACUUGGUUCCUGGAUGGGAUAUUGUUGAAUACGCCGUCAGACGUAACUUUGGGGGUCUUCAAGGUGGAGAUUUGGAUCCAGUGGAUGUCUUUAUGAAACACAUGGGCGUACCGCAACAUCGUAGAGCGGAUAAUGAUGGAAGGACGCUGCUGAGUCCUUUUGACCUCAUAAAGUCAAGUCUCGACAAGGAUACUUCUGAAGAGGAUAGUCGAUAUUUGUUGAUUUUGACUGAAAACCAUGCAGCUUUGAGUAUCGUUCAGCAAUAUUUGAAAGAGUCGAGGAAAGAAGGCGAUGAGAACGAUCCAGUUUUGAUCUUUGGAAGCAAUUUUCCUAAAGAUCUUGAGUAUACCCAGGUUUGUCGAAACAUCAACGACAUCAAAGUCUGCAUGGAGACAGGACGAACUGUUAUACUCCUCAAUAUGGAAAGAAUUUAGGAAGGGCUUUAUGACGCUCUUAACCAGUAUUAUGUACAUUUUGGUAACGCAAAAUAUGUGGACCUUGGUCUUGGAACUCACAGAAUCAAGUGUAGAGUGGACCCAAACUUCAGGUUGAUUGUUAUAGCGGAGAAAACCACAGUUUACAACGAUUUUCCUAUUCCUUUGAUUAACCGCCUGGAGAAACACUUCCUGGUUUUGCCAACAAGUCUGUCUGCUCCCCAAGAAAAGCUAGUGGAAACUCUCAAGGAUUGGGCGAAACGCUUCGCAAGAAUCAACACACCACAGCAUCACGGCAAGACAAGUGAAUUUUCAAAGGGCGAUGCGUUUGUUGGCUACCACGAGAACACCAUCCCGUCGGUGGUGCUCCAAGUCUGCAGCAAUCUCGGACAAGAUGAGACAGCAUUGGAAGAUGGGCAGAUGAGAUAUGAUUGGGAGGAAAAAGUUUUGGCAGAGUCCAAACGACUCUUAGUGCAAUGCUGCACACCAGAUGCAAUUGCCAGAUUGCACUCCAGUGAUCUGAAGAAUGAAGCUGAUGACAUUUGGAGCAUGUACUUUGAACAGCAACACCACUCAAGUCUGGCAGAAUUCUUAAAAAGCAAAGAACGCGACGAAGGACUGCUCAUUCAGGUAUCCACUCAUUCCAGACUGUUAUCAGAAGACGACUUGGAGGAAGUUGCAGGAGCUUUAAAAAUUCAUAGACAUUAUGUCGAGAUUUUCACUCUGCAACAGUUUCAGACAGAGCUUCAGUUUUGUGAUCGAGUUGGAAAAUUCUUCGCUCAUCUUGGAGGUGAAGAAGGUCUUCUUAUCGUCCAGUGCAUUCCAGCAGAUACCACAUUCAACCUUUUAGCCUGCGCACGCCAUCUUCUUAUGAAGCAACGAGCUGAAUUUACAGAAGAUGAAACAGAUCUCGACCCAAUACACAUCAUUGUCAUAAUCCAGCUACCCAGAAUCCCUGGCGGAUACCCUGAUUUUGUUGGUUUCCAAGGUCAACGCUGGGAGUCUGUUCACAUCGAUGAACUCGCUACUCCUUCCUUCUACGUCCCUUCUUUGGAAGAUGUAAAGGACCAGUCCCUCAGUGAGCUGUUUGAAKCCUGCAUGUGUUAUAAUGAUUCUAAAGAUAAUGCCCUGGACGCUGUUGGUGUUCUAAGACAGUGUGUGCAGUCGGCAGCGCAGAGGAUUAACGACAAUUCCAUUACAGUUGAAAGAGCAACUCGGAGAAUCGUCAUAUUACUUGACCAGUUUUCUAAAGAUGGAGACAAAACACCAGUGUAUGGUGGAGAUAUGCAGUCAUUCUCUCGUGUGUUGAUAACUCGCGUUCAAGAGCUUUUAAGAAAAAGUGAUGAGAGAAGACUUGAACAAGGUAAAAAAUGGUCGACAAAAGAAGCUAUGGAACAUUCAGACCUCCAGGAAACAGGGACCUACAGACGGGCACUGUGGCGUAAAAUACAGAAUGCCAUUGUCCCCAUCUUAUCAGAAUUAAUCACAUAUAUAGACACCAAUGGUAACUUAGAACUGCUACAAGAAAAUAAACCUUGGUUGACAGAACUGUGGCUUCGACUCCUUCAAAACAACAAGAUUACAGUAAUUCAGUACUCCUCUUUCUUGACUGAGGAAAACGAAAUGAUCCGGAGUAAAGUGCCGGUCAAGUCAUCUGGUCGAGAUGGUCACUUCUUUAAGUGCUGCCUCCCGUUCUCAUGGCUUAUAAAGGAGAAAGUUGAUGUUAUGUGGGAGAACGCCAAGGGUGUUUCAGAAAACUCACCCAACCACGAGUCCGUGGAAGAAUGCCUCCGUGUACUGAUGUCAAACUCUGACGUGUCAGCUAUCAUAGACGUAAUUAACGAGCGGCAAGAAGCAGUCGAGAGAUACAUUCAUGACUUUGUUCAUAUGAAUUACAAACCUAUAAACGGCGAGAUCGAGCUUGUUGCAAGAGCUAUAAUUAUCACAACAAGGCAAUUGCACAACCGCGACGGCGUUAACGGUGAUACCACAGAUUUCAACUUCCCGGAUAUUGCUCUGGUGCACAAGGCUUAUUCACGUAUUGAACACCGGCUUGCCUGCUUUAGCCAUCUUGUACGAUGCAAGCCUUCAGUUGUGCCACAACUUCUUAAAGUGAUCUCGGUCGAUGACAUCGAAAUGACCCUCGACGUCAUUGCACUCCAAAUAUGUCUUGAAAGCUUGGAACCUCAGCAGGUGAACAUGGCAAAUACUUAUGACAGAAACGAAUGGUGUGAACACGUGAUUUCAGUGCGAGCUCCUACAGAAAGUAUGAUGGUCCAAGAAAAAGACUUAGAAAAUGAGGAAAAGACGAUGUUUAUUUUAACAGCAUGCAGGCAUCUGUGGGAGCGAAUCACAGCCAUUCGUCUCUUUAUUGAACACGUCUAUUCGUACAAGUCAUCUGUCCAUCAAAUCAAGGUCAAUCCUCAGAACUGUCAGAAUAUUGCUCAGUUGUGUAAAGCUCUGGAUGAAGAAACAGACUUUUCAAAAGCGAAAUACAUUGAAGCUGUUGUGCUCUUCUUGCUAGAAUGCAUCAAUUCCUUUACAAGCGCUACUAAAGGGGAAGUCAACGAAUUUCGUCGUCAAUGCAAUUCAUUCUUCAUGGAGCUCAUUUCGCUGUUGUGUUUCGGAAGCAAAGACAAGAAGUUCACUUUGGAUCCAGAUGUAUUUGAUAUCUUUAUGAGGUAUAUCACAGGAAGUAGUUCCUCUCAAACGAAAAGCUUCUCGCCAUUUCCUGACUUCGAAGUUGACGAGACRCCUGUUGUGAGGUCGUUUUUACUGCAGCAACUGCUGACAACAAGGAACAAUGACGGCGUAAAAAAGUACAUUCAGCGUUAUCUUGUCGACGCGAGGGAGCUUUCGUCUGAUGAACACCACGUGAUUCGAGUAUGCCAGCUUACAGCUGAUUGUAUGGAGGACUCCUUUGCAGCAGAUAUGACCGAACAUACUUUUGAGCUUAAAUGGUUUAUGGCUGUUACAAAAGAUAUUAUUACAUCGAAUGGUCAAAAACUUACAACAAACCAAGAUUCCGAGAACCUUGAUAUCGAAUUCCUCGAUGCAAUCUCCAAAACUCGUCAUGGUUUGGGACUCACUGCUGAGUGGCUGUUUAAAAGUCGCAAGACUGAUGACGACAGGUUUGAAGAUAUGGCUGGACCUUUGAAUGAAGUUCUGAGUGUCGUUGAAGAUUUUGUAAAACGUCUGAAACACCGAGCUCCACUUGUUUACCUGCUGAAGCAACUGGCAAGACGUUAUGGUGAACCAGUUGUCAGAGAAUUGAUUCAACAGCCAGAUUUGCAGUGGUUGAUACCGAGAGAGUUUGAGGGUUAUCAGUUUAUGGAAAGUGCUCCUGACAGAUUUAUAACACAUGGUGACAUAUACGCUGACGUACGUGAUGCCCUAGGUGACGGGCUCAUGUCUGGAAACUUUGAUCGCUUGUUAAGUAUAUUCGAGGGUCAUGACAAUGUAUUGACGAACGAUGUGCUAUGUCUAAUGGCUGUUUAUCGGGAAAUCACUUGUGGCUACAGAAAACCCAGGAACAAACUUCCUAUUCAACAAGAGCUACGCAAAUUUUUAGCGCUACCAGACCACCUCUCUACACAGGUUCAUAAACUUGCAGCCAAACUGCUGGACAAUUCACAAGGCGAAGGGUUUUCAGCUCUAUCUGCGCAACCCAACCAACCACGAGCUACUGUUGACUUAGCCGAAGUGACUGUACACACCAUGAUUGUACUACAUUGCUGUGAUGACAAUGAAAUAUUAAUCAGAACUUUGCGAUCCUUGAUGGAUAAACCUGCAGCUAUGAAGAACUCUUUCCUUCCCACAAUGCCAGAGGAUGAUUUCGAAAAAGUUCGAAGCGGGCUAGCGGAAGAUGUAACUUGGUAUGAAUGCCCCGCUGGACAUCGCUACUCAAUAGGGGAUUGUGGCCGAGCCUAUCAGGAAUCGCGUUGUCCAGAAUGCAAAUCAGAAAUCGGCGGAACAAGACACCGGCUGUUGCCAGGCAACAAAGAAUUGGCUGCUGACCGAGAGGAUCGUUCAGGUCGGGGUCAUAUCUUAGGAACUGCUAAUCCCAACACACCAGAGGCUGGACGAGAUGGUUUGUCCCCAGCAGCUUUUCACAUCAUCCGUUUGAUAAUGCAUUCUGCUAUGCUGAUUGGAUCUUGCAGGCAUCCACAGCACAUCGCUGGGCUAUUUACACCAACAGUAGCAGAGGACAACUUGAAUGAAUUCGUCUGGGCUCAUUUGACUCGUGACUUACGAAAUUUAGAAGCGGCGUUAAAUCGUAGUGGGGACGAAGCUCUAUGGACUGUUCAUUGCGUAUUGGCACGUGUUACAGACGUUUGCGCAGGAAGUAGCGGGAGGAGCCACCAGGAUUCACCCAUGUCUUUCGAUGGCGCACUCACUUCAGCUGCCAAUAGAAGACAAUGGGAAAAGGAAUUCACAGCAUCAUUCAUCCAACCUAUCCUCUCGAAUCUGGACAAAGAAAUCGAGAAUUGCUUCAGUCUAGAGGCAAAGCGUCAACCAGUGGGAAUCGAACGGUUGAUGAGAGAGAUUUAUGAGAUUGAUACCGAACAAGCUGGACAGUUAGGUCCCAUGCAUCCAUGUUUUUGGAGAUAUCGUGGAAAGAUCACAGUUGAACAUGCAAAGCAAAUGUUUUCAGAAAACAUGGGUUCCGACGAGAAGAGAAAGAAGUAUAGAGUCUUGCAUGAAUUCUUUAGAGAGGAGCACAAACUCAGACUUUCUCGCUACAUUCCUGAUAUCUACAAGCUGCAAAGAUUUCUGAUUGAUAACUGCAGUAGGCGAAUCGAUUUUAAGAAAGCAGAGGAAACGACAAUAAAAGCAUUUAUGCAAGGAAGCUUGAAUGAUUCAAAACGAAAAGAGUUUAAGACUUUUAUGAAAAGCUUUCGUUCUGCCUGGUCUGUAGUUUGCAAUGAAUUGGAAAAGCAGGGAAAAUUCAAACUUACAAGCGAGACAUGCAGCUUGUCAAUAAGUGAUGAUGACACACCAAUGUCGUACUUUUUGCCUUCAGUCGGUAAUGACCACCAGUCUUGUACCACUGCUGUGUUAUUCUACCUGGUCAAUGCACAUAAUGAAUUCCUGGAAACAUUCUACAACAUCACAGCUGGUAGUGCGAGUAAUGUUUCAAAGAUUCCCGAUUCGGAAAUCACUAGCUAUCAAAUGCUGAGCUAUGAUUCUCAGCGUGACCUGCUGCCUUUAAUUCAUGCACAUUGCCAGUAUUCGCUUGAGGUUGGUCAAGGUACUAAGGUGGAUUAUGAUUGGUCUGCCAUACAGUGUCAUUUGAUUGAUAGGUUGAUUCGCGGGAAAAGUAUAAUUGUUUUUAAGGAAACACAAUUUAUCUUCCUAAACCAAGACGAGGCCAAAACGUUUGGCUUGGUUCGUAAUAAGAUCCCUCAGGAAAACAUGCCCGCGACUACUGUAAAACUGAUUAUCGCUGACCUUCGCAUGCUCAAUGUCGUGUGUGACGUCAAACAGACUCUAGAGCUGGCUAUUGGUUUCUUGGGAUCUAGUGGGGGAGAUGAGAGUCAGUUAAUAAGCGAGUACUUGCACAGCGUUCUUCGUAUUCCUCGUGAAAGAGGACUUCGGAACAAAAGAGCCGAGGAGCACUGUCAACUGCGACAUAUCAUCCAUCUAUGGCAGGUUGUGGCGUCACAAAAAGCUAAAUUAUUGCGACACCAGAAAGAGGAUUCUUUCCGAGAUUUGCCAGAAUGCUUCAAGGUUGUGCUUCCAAAUAAUCUGAUUUUACAGCUUAAGAAAAUUCUCAAAUCUGCUGACGUUAAUCAACUGUGUUGGGACCUGGUUGAAAUCAUCACGCUUGACUUGAACAGUGAGAAGAGUUCAUACUCCGAAGUAAGUUUGCAAGAAUGUUUAAGUUUUUUCUGUGGAAAAGAAAACGAGUUUGCAAAGCUGAAAAUUCCUGAAGAAAUUCAGCUGAAACACAUCGUGAAUGCAUGGGAAAUAGUCAUGGAAUUACAAUCUACGCGGUAAUAGAUACUAGAGCAUAUAGAUCCGUAGACGAUAACACACAUAUAGCAUCGGGAAAAGUGCACAUUGUCAAAUCAAAGUGGGAUCAAAUUUGAACAUUUCCCGGUAGAAAAUAAUGAAUUCGGUCAGAGAAACUAUGUUCUUUAAAGGUGUGUUAGACCAAUUUUUUUAUAUUUAAUUGUUUUCCGCACACUAAAAUUUAUUCAGUACGUGUGCACAGCGACAAAAGAUAAGACGAUAGGUCUACUGCAAAAAAAUAAUUUCACUCAAAAAACAAAAGCAAACAUAGAUUAUAAAUAAAUGCCUGCAGUAAAAUAUAUAAACAAUAAAAUGAAAUGAUAAAAAUAGUGAUAAAAACCAUGAUGCACAUGACAUUAAAGUUCGACGUUUGAAGUCAAA